GUUCAACACACUGAGCAGGUUUUUGAGGACAGAACCCGCACGGAAUCAGAAGUACCGGCAGUGAGAAUAUCCUUAAGCAAUGACAUAGAAAAAAGUCCUUCAUCCGGUAGAAGCAUGACGAAAAUGGACUCAUUGAAAGUGGCCUCUACUAUUGAGUCAGUUUCGAGCUCCGAAGGCAGUUCGUGCCCAUCCCCAACAGGGUCAGUGGUGACCGCCCGUCUAGUGAACAUUUCCCCAAUCCCGGAUAUUCGGCGGGAUUCCGUCGCCACUAUGGGGAACGAGGAUCCCGAUUUGCUGACGUUGCCCGUUCCGCCCGACUUUGCCGACAGCAGGAGGUCGAGCAGGAUCCAACAGUGUGGCGUUGAGGAUCAAUUCCAAACGGAAAAAAUCCUUCUCGAAACAGCCUCAACCCUGGUAACAAUAGAAAAAUUGCAACUAUCGACUGAAGACCUGGAGAAAAAGGAGGUGGAGAAACAGCGAAGAGACUCGAAGCCGGACCAGGACGAUCGAAGCAAUUUCGAUGAUGAAAAGGUGAGCCGAAACGGGCAACAAUGGGCAAGAAAUAAAGAUCAGCAGGGGCAUUUCCCGUUCAAAUAUCUCUUUAUAG